AUGACGCCUGCAUUCUAUUUCUUUGUGUCGCAUCAGUUUGGUUUAGAUGUGAUGAAGGCUGUUUUGAGUGGGAAGCUUCGACUGGCUUCCGUUCGAUGUCGUGCAGGCGUGGCCAAAAAAACACCCUUCAACCUUAGCUAUCGGGCCUACUUUACGGAGGCGUGUAUUGUGAUGCAUCCGCGGCGGCAACAAGUGAAGUUGGCUUGCCGCUCCUUGCAUAGUGCACUGGGCUCGCUCCUAGAGGAUCGUCAGUGCUUAUAUCGCAAUGCUGUUCUGAUUGCAAAGCUUUCUCCGCAUCGACAUGAAUUACAAAAUCUUUUGCAGAGGAACCCCAUGCCUGAUGUUGGGGUGGCCCAGGGGAUAGAGCUAACGAAGGGAAAGCUUUUGGAGUGGAAAGAGGAAUGGAUACACGAAGGGAGUGGCGAUGAAAGCUCCCUCCUAGACUUUUACAAUACGGUUUUAUUAAGUUCUGUUAUCAAGUCGGAUGCCGAUGUACGCCUAAUUUUGGAUGUGAUGCGAGAUUAUGACCACCUGGAACCGAAUGCGGAUACCUACAUUGCCAUCAUGAUUUCGCUUAUUGCAGGGCGUGAUCAGUCAAAUCGUCCAGCCGCGGAUGUGGCGUUUUAUUACUUCGGUCAUGCUUUGAAGUCGAGGGGGGAAUCAUUUAUCACAGAUAACAUGUGGGGGAUGCUAUUUAUUGUGUGUGCCGUUAUGGAGGCGGCAGGGAAGAUAGUCGAUCAGUGGUGGGAUCUUCUUGUGAAAACCUGUGAGAAUGCGUCUGUCCCGCUACCGUAUACUGCCGUGCAUGCUGCUCUUACGUGGUGUUCUUCGAACCGUGAUGUGGAACGAGUCGUGCGUUUUUUUCACACCGCAAACAGUAGAGGUGUCGUUUUUGUUUCUGCGGAUGGGGCACCACCUUGUGUUAUUGACCGUGGGGGCCUCACUGAGCCAAGCAGGGACGAAGUUGUGCAGAUGUGUCAGUUGAAGCUUCUGGUGAAGCUGAUGGUCACAGUAAAGUCUAUUAAAAUGGAUGGUGGCAUUAGUGAGCUUGUCGUUAAGGACAUUCGACGCCUUAUUGGAGCAGAUUUGUUGAGAGCCGCACCUUGGGGUGUUAUUAAUGACCUUCUUAGUGGUCUCUCCAUGCCAAGUGCCAUGCAAUUGUUGAAGUUUCGCUCUAUGGAUCUUCCAGAGAGGGAUGGUGCCAUUCCAUUUGCGUUAUGGGCUUCAUUCUUGCGACGAUGUGCUCGGGACCAUCAUAUUGAUCAGGCAGAGGCUGUGUUUGUUUUUAUUCGCAAGCGUUUUCAACUAACAAGCGAACAAAAGGCGGAGUUGGUGGAAAUUAUGAUGCGUAUGUUUGCAACACUACCACAAGGAGAUUUUACCUCCGCUAUGGCUCUCUUCUUGGAACACGUCUUGCGUCACCCCAACGGAGAUCCUUCGGUGAGUCCCAGCGCAACGAUGUACAACCUGCUGAUUCGUGCCGCAGACUCACGCAAUGCCGCCAUGAUGACAUUUCUUGAGGCGUGUGCCGCAGGGGUUGAAGUAAACGAUGAAACCUUUGAGGCGGUCAUGGGCUGUCACCGCCACACCUCCCUCGCAUCGCUUACGCGAAAGCUACCUCAUGACUACCAUGCCUCUAAGCUUGACGAGCAGCUGCACAUUCCAACGAACGUGGAUGCCCAUUUGCGCCGGGAGGAGGCGAUGAGAUUGCGCGGAAAACAGUUGGUAGACUCAACAGGAGAGGUAAACUGA